CUCUCUCUCUGCCGCUCGCUCGCUCAAUGAGUCAGUCAGGCUGCACUGGAGCAGCAGUUCAUUCCUUCUUCUCUCGAGUUCUCUCUAUUUUUGCUUCAGAUCUCAAUGUGACGAGCGAGCGAGGUCGUGACAGGAGCCUGAUGCUAAAUUCGUGAUAUGCUCUGCCCGGCGUGAGGAGCAAGGAGCCUUUCUCCUCCUCCUCUCCAUCCCUCUUGCUGGUGUCACACUGUAUCCGGACAGAACUUGGUGUGGAGGCGACUGACACUUUUAUGACACAUUUUUAAAGAGAUUGAGCAAGUGAGACGAGCAGAAGAGAGAGAGAGUCAGAGGAGUUGGAGAACCAGCAGUAUUGUCAUUGCUUAUGGAGGAGGAGGGGCAGGAUUGACGUGGAAAUCGCAUCAGCUUGCUUUCAGUUUUAUCAUUGAUCGCUAUUCCGUCCAAUCAGAGAUGGGCGUCCUGUGCUGCAGCAUCCUCGUGCUUGCACUUUUUUUGCAGUGCCAUAGUCACAGUAUCCAAAACCACAUGUACAGGUUCAAGAGGUUUCAGGAAAAUUCCUUUACAGACCCCAAUGACUGCUCAAGGACCAGACAGCCUUUUGUCAUGUCCAGUCCGUACAAUUUUUCACUGGAUAUUCGCCUACCUGGGGUGGUCCCAACAGAGUCUGAUAGCUACUACUGUAUGGCUGUUCCUGUCCCAACCUCACGGGAGGCCUAUAUUGUGGACUUUGUUCCCCAUGCCAGUAUGGACACAGCCCACCACAUGAUUUUAUAUGGCUGCAAAACCCCUUAUGCUACUCAAGGAUACUGGGAUUGCGGGAAAGAGCUGGGGACCUGUCGGGAUCAGGCCAAGAUCAUGUACGCCUGGGCCAGGAACGCUCCUCCAACUAAACUACCCAAAGAUGUUGGCUUUAAAGUUGGAGGAGACACAAGAAUUAACUACUUUGUGCUGCAAAUUCACUAUGGUGAUGUCAACAACUUUAGAGAUCAUCAUAGAGACUGCUCAGGACUCUCUUUAAGAAUGACUUCCAAACCACAGCCCUUUAUUGCUGGCAUGUAUCUGAUGAUGUCUGUGGACACUCUGAUUCCUCCUGGGAAAAAAGUUACCAAUGCAGACAUUGCUUGCACUUACACAUCUUCCCCGAUGUAUCCAUUUGCCUUCAGGACACACACACACAGCCUUGGUAAAGUUGUAAGCGGGUACAGGGUUCGAAAUGGACAGUGGACUCAGAUUGGACGACAAUCUCCACUGUUGCCGCAGGCUUUUUAUCCAGCCACCAACACAAUUGAUGUAAAAGAUGGAGACAUACUAGCAGCCCGUUGCGUGUUCACAGGGGAAGGACGAACCACUACAACUCAAAUUGGAGGCACCUCCAACGAUGAGAUGUGUAACUUCUACAUCAUGUACUACAUGGACAACACCCAUGCUGUGCCUUACAUGAACUGCAGAGAUGAUGGCAGCAGUGAGCUCUUCAGAAACAUCCCUUCUGAGGCCAAUAUUCCAAUCCCGGUCAGGCCAGACCAUAUGAUGUCCAUGAAGCAUGAAUCUUCUCCUCAAAAAGAUGCUGUGGAGCUUCAGGAGCCCAAGAGAGAUGAGGAAGUACAGGAUCAAGGUGACCUCUAUUCCCUUCUUUCUAAACUGCUGGGGGAGAGAGAGGACCAUGUCCGCAUACAUAAGUACAAACCUUCAGAGGCGGCUCGAGCCCAGACUCUUCUGCUGGCAGAGAUUGAUAGCAUAAUGCAGAAAAAAGACCUGGGCCGGCCACGUUUAGGCUACAAAACAAACGAAGAUGCAAUUCUGGCGAGAGACAGAGUGCACAAGUUUCACCAAUUAGAGUCCACUGUCAGCCCCUGGAGGAGCAGGACUGUUCCCGCCAGACUGCCGACCACAGGGGCGGCUCAAAGGGACCAACAAGGUGCCCAUCUGGUGGAGGUGUCAGACUGGCCUGAGGCGGAUCUGCAGCUCGGACAGGUCUCUGGUCUGGCUCUCAACUCUAACGGUGACCUGGUCAUUUUCCACCGAGGCGAUCACAUUUGGGGAAUUGACUCCUUUAAUAUGAACGCCAUCUACCAGCUGAGGGAUCAAGGCCCGAUUCAACAAUCCACAAUCCUUCUGGUGGAUUCAGUCAAAGGAAAAGUGCUCAAAGCUUCAGGAAAAAACAUGUUUUAUUUGCCACAUGGAAUAACUACUGAUCAUGACGAUAAUUACUGGGUGACCGAUGUAGCACUUCAUCAGGUAUUCAAACUGAGCGGCAACGGCAAAGAUCAGCAGCUUCUGGUCUUGGGAGAAGCUUUUGAACCAGGAAGUGACAAGAAGCAUUUCUGCCAGCCUACAGAUGUGGCCGUAGACCCUGUUACUGGAAACGUCUAUGUUUCAGAUGGCUAUUGCAAUUCCAGGAUCCUUCAGUUCUCACCUGAGGGCAAAUACAUUUCACACUGGGGAGCAGGCUCCUCGGACAGGAAGCGACGUGUCCCGUUCCGGAUCCCGCACAGCCUGACAUUCCUGCCGGAUAAACGGGAGUUGUGUGUGGCGGAUCGAGACAAUGGGCGGAUCCAGUGCUUCAUGGCAGAUACUGGCGAGUUUGUGAAGGAGAUCAAGAAAGACGUGUUUGGAGGAGAAGUGUUCGCCAUUGCAUACUCACCUGCUCAAGGUGGCCUACUCUACGCUGUGAACGGAGAACCUCCAUACGGUCAGGCUGCACCUCUUCAGGGGUUUGUCAUCAAUUACUCAAGCAAGGAAAUCCUGGAUUCCUUCAGUCCAGACACACAGGUAUUUAAGUUACCACAUGACAUUGUUGUGACAGCAGAUGGGACUGUGUUUGUUGGAGACGCAGCAGCAGAUUCUGUAAUGAAGUUCAUUCAGUCUGCAAAGGCAGAACAUCGCUCGGUUAAAAAGGGUGGAAUCGAGGUCCAAGAAAUCGAAGAAACAGAAACGUUUGUGCAGGCCAAGCUGAAGCCGUUACCCAAGAUUCCCCCUCAUUAUGUGGAGGCGGCUGUGCAGAAGAUCCAAGAAGUGUCUCCGCAUCAGCAGCCGCUGGCAGCUCCGAAAGAGAAAGAGCCUCCGCAGAGCGUGGCCAAUCACAGCCCUGAGAGUGUGGCCAAUAAGAGCCCUGAGAGCGUGGCCAAUCAGAGCGCUCAGAAUGUGUCUCCCGCCGUCAUCACAAGCCUCCUGCUGGUCCCGCUGGUGAGCGUCAUCGCCAUCGGGGUCUUCAUCCGCUGGAAGAAGAGCAGGAUGUACAGCGAUGAUUGUCAGGUGAAGCUGGAGCCUUCAGGGUCAGCAGGAGGAAUCUUGGGCAAAAUCAGAGGCAAAGCAGCAGGAAGCCUGAACCUGGGCAAUUUCUUCGCCACUCACAAAGGCUACACUCGACAUGGCUUCGACCGGCUGAGCACUGAGGGCAGCGACAUGGAGAAAGACGACGAGGACGCCACCGACUCAGAGAACGAAGAGUACUCCGCUCCACCACCGCCAAUCUCAUCCUCCUAAACAAAAGAGCCCGUCCCUCCGCUUCGGUCACCUCUGUAAUCGUUCGUAUCGGCUGCUGAAACAUUCGAUCUCUAGUGUAAAACUGUCCUCCCCGAGACCCACGACUGCCACUUUAAUUUAUGCGUUUUUUUUAAAGGGACCACGCCGAGAUGGUCAUUUUAAGGAGAAAGAUGAUUAUUUUUUAACAAGAGAGUAAAGGUAGAUUUAUUUAUUGAGUUUUUACCUGCGACUUCGUUUCUUCCGAUAACUUAUCGAUCCGAUAGCAGUGCAAUUAAUAUAUAUAAAGGAUCCAGGCAUUUCAUGUCAUAACAUUUUCUGUAUGUUUGUGCCUUUUCUGUAUUUCGCCUUCUGCAGCACCUAUAUAUAUAUAUAUUAUUACAGACGUGCCACAUAUUUAAGAGCUGCUACUGUCUACUGUGAUUUGAGUUGUUUUUUUUGCAUCUGAUAAAACGGAAAAAAAAACGACAGAAAAAAAGAUGACGUAUUUAAGGCUGCAUUUACUACAUUUUCAAAGCUAAUGUGAGACGUGUCUGAUAUUUGUUGUGAUACUGAGGUUUUAUUGCAAGAAUACUAUUUUCAGUAACAAUGUUAUUUGUGUAAUAAAGUGUCUGCAAAGCAUCA